UCCAGCCAGCCCUUCUUCUUCUCCUCCUCCUGGAUCGCAGACUGUCCACUCUCUUUCUCUUUCUUCUGUCAUCCUCUCAUCUUCCUCUCGCUCCGUCCGUCCGUCUCACAUCUGCAGUUGCCAAAGCCUCUGCCGGCUCCACUCUCCUGCUGGGUUCAACUGUCACCAACUGCAGCGACAAUGGCAAUGAGCGGCAUCCUCAGCGCUGAUGACAUCAAGAAGGCUCUGGAUGCAUUUGCAGCGGUCGACUCCUUUGACCACAAGAAGUUCUUCGAGAUGAUCGGUCUGAAGGCCAAGUCUGCUGAGGACGUGAAGAGGGUCUUCACCGUGCUGGACGCCGACAACAGCGGCUACAUCGAGGAGGAGGAGCUUAAAUUCGUCCUGAAGGGCUUCGCUAAAAAUGGCCGAGACCUGACCGACAAGGAGACCAAGAGCUUCCUGAAAGCGGCGGACAAGGACGGAGAUGGCAAGAUCGGCGUUGACGAGUUCGCAGCCCUGGUCAAGGAAUAACUCCCGCCUCCGUGUCUGGAACACAGCUACUCCAGACGGCUUCCUGGACACCACACGCACGCGCACGGACACACACUCUCGUCCUCCUCCGCUCAACACUCCCUCAUUCCUCCGUUUUCUACUGGUAACAUCAGUGAUAGAGUCCAAGCUGCCUGCAGGUACCACAGAGCAGAGAGAGGCCUCCACUUCCUUUGGCUUCAUCCCUUCCUCCUUCAUCUAGUUCUGAGUGAUGCUCGCACGCCCGCCUCCCUCCCUCUCAUCCAUCUCUUCCUCCUGGUAAUGAGCUGCUGUGAAACACACAAAAGAUGGACCAGGUCCAGCUGCGACAGGAGUUAAUAAAAGAAUGGCUGGAA